UAUUUUCAACGCAAUUCAAGCCAAAAAUGACCGAAAAUAUAAAAUCAGAUAAAAUUAGUGACUUGAGAGAUUCUGCCGACUUGCUGGGACGUUUACUGAACAAAACGAAACCGAAAGAGAAUCGAUGGGAUCGCAUUAGGCGGAAACAUCUGAACAAUAUUACCGUCACGUCGAAGACUGUAAAACGGUUCUUCAAUAUGGAUUUCAUCGACGAAAAUCAAAUGCGAAUUCUUAACGGAGACGGUGAUUUACAGAAAACUACUCUCAAUCCAGUACUGGUGAUGGAUAUCAGGCACGAGAUGAUCAAACGAAAAACCAAAGACAACCGUAGCAAACCGGCGGUAAAUCCUGUGCGGGCUUAUCAGCAGGAGCAUCUGGAAAAUCACAAACAAAUCAUUGAAUCUACCCUGUUUGAAAACGAGCUGAACAAAUUUCGCAAACAAAUUACCAAAGGCGGGACGAACGGCAAAAACAACCACAUCAGCGAACAUAAAAAGAGUUUUUUAUUAAUCGAUUUACCCAAGAUUGACAACAGCCUUAUUUACGAUAGCUUAGAGGAAUGUGAAAAGUUUACGAAUGAUUUCUACCAAAGUGCAAUACACGGUACCGAGACUUUUAUGAAUGAAUAUCAACAUGAGGAUCUGAGAAAUUUUAAAGAACCGGCCAGAAUUGAAGAAAUACUAGAAGAUCCAGAACAGCUCAAUUCAAACGGCCCUGAGGCUGAUCAUGAAGGAAUGACCGAUGAGGACAAUAAGAUUGUACGUUUCGGGGAUACACAAGUCAUUACCUACCCAGCCGAAGAAUCAUCCUUUUCUCUCGAUGGAUCAGAAUACGAUUUUGAUGACAAUGAAUUGUUUUUGGAGUCGCUCGACUCUGAUGUGGAUGAAUUUGACGGGGCGGAGUUCUUGUCUACUGAAAGUGCUUCAGAGCCUAGCAACGACGACGAAACGCAAACUAUUUUUCACACUGAUUCUGGAAAUAUCUACUUUACAAUAACCCGCGUCGAAGACUCGAGUGGAUCAUCCAAAGAUAAUAGCGACGAUUUCGGGAAGGAAAGACUAACUUACAACUAUGAUUCGCCCGAGAUAGUUGACGAACAUGUACUUCCUUUGGACGAAGUGGGCUUAAUUCGAGUGAAACGUUGUUCGAUAGAUGAGAAAGACUAUAGUAAACUUCGUGUCACAAACUACAAACCAGAAGACGAAGCGAAAUCAAACGACGACAAAAUCGAAAUUUCUGAGGAGUCACGUAAAGUGAUAAGUGCGGCGUUGAAUGAAGGAUUCAUGCACAAUUACGACCGUGCCCUACUAAAACAGUAUUUUUUCAAGUGGUUACAAUUUACAAUAUUAGAAAAAAUCUCUAAGGGGGCAGGUGUAACAUCCACACGAGAGCAAAAAUUAAAACGCAUCAAUGAUUUCAUCAACAACAUUCGGGCAAGCAAGAAGAAAACUCUCAAACCGAACAACACAAAACCGCAGACAACUUACGUAAAGAAAGACUACGAACAUCGGAUGAAAGUUCAACAGGAUAUUAUUGAACUGCAAAAGUUGAAACUGGAACGCCAGGAACGCAUCAUUACCGAGCUAAAGUUAUCAAAGUUCUCAGAAGCUGCUAAGAUAUCUAAGAUGGAAAUUCAAAGCGAACUGCAGAAAGCGAUGCGCAACGGUCACGUGCGGCUACGUGCGAAAGCCAAAUGCAUUCAAAUCGUGGGAAACAUAAAAAACGAUACGACCGAUGAGGAUGAACUGCGAAAACUACAAGCACAAGGACUAAUGAUACCAAAGUUUCUAGCCAAAAUGCAACAACGUGCUCUUGAGCGUGGACAGAAGCACCAGGAGGCCAAAGAACGUCGUUUGCGAAUGGAAAAGGAACGCGAGGAAAGCAAAAUGGCUGCCGAAGAGGCCAAACGCCUAGAAGAUGAGGAAGCACGCAAGAAACGUUACCGGGAGAUGCGCGAUAAACGAAAGUUGGAGAAAUUGCAGAAGAUUAUUCGCGAGCAGGAACGGCAAGCGUGGAUCGCUAAUAACCAGAUUGCUAAGGAGUUUCGUUUGCUAAAGUUGAAACGGUUCGGAAUGUUGGCCUUUAAGCUACUGCUUGGAAUUAGAAGAGAAAACGAGCGACGUGCCAUGGCGGCACGGCGACGAUACUACAAGAAGAAGAGUUUCCGAAAAUGGUGGAGAUUGACCAAUUCGCUCUGGGAGAGUAAAAAGCAGAAAGCGGACGAGUUGGUGAAUGCGAAAUUGAUGAAGCUCGGGAUGAAGUGUUGGAGAGAGCACUGUCACGAACAGCGAAAGAAGAUGCAGGUAGCUAUCGAUUGGCACGAAGUGCGUCUCUCGGAAAAGAUUAUCUCAAUAUGGAUCGGACGCACAAAGCAAGCCCUACUGAUAGUUCAGGGUAAAAUGUCCCACGCGGCAGCCCACUAUGAAUGGCAACUCAAGUGGAAGGUGUUCGAACGAUGGCAACGACUACAUAUCAUUUUGAAGAUUGAAAAGGAGACUGAACAACGCCGCCAAAGAUGGCGUAUGAAAAUAUGGGAACUCUUGCCAGACUACAAACCAAUUGACGAGGAAAUUUAACUCACGAUGAUUGUAGGUAUUACACAUUGUUCUAUUGAAGUCUGAUUUUGAAUAGUGAUUUUUCAAAAAAAAAAGUAUCA